CCUUAUAUGGCAUAUCAGCCAAGUAGAACUGAUUGAUCAAACGUACGAUCAGCACACAUUUCAACGAUCUCUAUCAAAGUAACAGCAUGGAUAACAAGGCCUUUGAUGGAUCAGAUAUUCAAAAUGGAAAAACAGUUUCGAAUGAUUGGGAAGUUAACAACAAAGAAAGUGAAACUAAAAGUAAAGCCAAAAGUGAAACUAAAAGUGGCGGCAAGGUGUCGUUUUUUAAGUUGUUCCGCUAUGCUACAGGCUUGGAUAUCUUCUUCAUGAUAAUUGGCGGGAUUGCUGCAGCAAUCCACGGAGUUUCAAUACCUCUUUUGAUUAUUGUGUUUAGUGAAAUGCUAGAUAAAAUGUCUGAUACUAACGCAAAUAUAACCAUAGCAUGCAAAGUGGAUGAGUCUGUACCAGAGAGUCUACUCCUCGACCCCAUGGGCACGCUUGCGUUAUAUUAUGUUGGAUUGGCAGCUAUAGUGUUUGUAUCAGCCUACGCUCAUGUUACAUCAUGGAAGAUUUCUACAGAGAAACAAAUAUUUUACAUGCGGAAAAAACUAAUGAUAAAUAUUCUGCGACAAAAUCUAUCGUGGUUUGAUGAGAAUACACCUGGAAAGUUAAGCAGCUGCCUGUCGGAUGCAUUGAUAAAGAUUUCUAGCGGACUUGGAAAUAAUAUAGGCACGUUGGUUCAAACACUUUCUGGAACUGUUGCUGCUCUCGUGAUUGCAUUCGUAUACCAAUGGAAGUUGUCACUUGUUAUGUUUUCCCUCACUCCUGUACUCGGCUUGGCAACUUACAUCAUGACCAGAGUCACGAAAGAUAUGACAGAAAAAGAACUGAAUGCAUAUGCAAAAGCAGGUGACGUAGCUGAAGAGGCUAUUAGUUCUAUCAGAACGGUUGUCGCUUUCGGUGGCGAAGCGAAAGAAAGUUCGCGAUAUGAAAAAUUGCUAGAUAUAGCGAAGAAAGCAAGUGUCAAAAAAGGCUUUGUAACAGGUGUAGCAACUGGUUUUUUUUGGUUCUCCAUCUUUGGUUACUAUGCCUUAGGAUUUUGGUAUGCUGCUAAGAUCAUUCGUGAAGAUAACUACAGUGUUGCCGAUGUGCUUAUUGAACCUUCUAUUGAUAAUUUAUCAAAACGUGGUAAAUCGGCGGAAAACAUCGAAGGUAGAAUUACCUUCAAAGAGGUUUACUUUAGAUAUCCUUCAAGACCUGAUGUUCCCGUUCUCACCGGUUUGAAUUUUGUCGCCGAACCAGGUAAAACUGUUGCUUUGGUUGGAACCAGUGGCUGUGGGAAAAGUACUGUAAUACAAUUAAUUCAACGUCUUUAUGAUAUACAUAGUGGAGAGAUCUUGAUAGGCGGCAAAAGCAUAAGCGAAUAUAACGUGGGAUCACUGCGUAAGGUAAUAGGUGUUGUAAACCAGGAACCUGUUUUGUUUGGAACUUCUAUAAAAGAGAAUAUUCGCGAUGGUGAUGAGAAAGCAACAGAUGGUGAUAUAAUUGCAGCUGCGAAAGAAGCCAACGCACAUGACUUCAUUAUACAACUUCCAGGGAAAUACAAUACAUUAGUUGGUGAAAGAGGAACGCAACUGAGUGGAGGCCAGAAACAAAGAAUCGCUAUUGCACGUGCUUUAGUUAGAAAACCCUUGUUUUUGUUGCUUGAUGAAGCGACUUCAGCCCUAGACACCGAAAGUGAAAUGAUUGUGCAGAGUGCACUUGACAAGGUCCAGAGCGGUCGUACUACAUUAGUUGUUGCUCACAGAUUAUCAACAAUUCGAUCAGCAGAUAUGAUUUUAGCUUUCAAAGGUGGAGUAAUUGUCGAGAGAGGAACCCACGAAGAAUUAAUGAAACAAGACGGACUUUAUUCCUCACUUGUUAAAGCACAGAGACUAAAAACAGAAGGAACAGAAGAAUCAGAAGAAAACAGAGCUGAUGAUGAAAUAUCAUCAUCCCAACGACAGAGAUUAAAAUCCAUAAGUUCUGUACAUGACGAAGAGACACAUGAUGAAGAAUCAGUAGUUGAAAAGGAAAAAGAUCUCCCUGAAGCGAGUACAAUGCGAAUUUUUAAAAUGAACUCAUCAGAAUGGCCUUAUAUCCUCAUUGGGUUGCUUGCUUCUGCAGUAAAUGGUGCUGUUAUACCUGCAUUUGCAAUAAUAUUUAGUGAGUUCAUAGGCGCAUUUCAGGGUGAUGGUUCUGCAGUUAAUAGGUUUGCACUCCUUAUUCUUUUGCUUGCUGUAUUGGUAUUUAUGGGUUAUUCAGUUCAAUAUUUGAUGUUUGGAAUAAGUGGUGAAAAGUUAACCUUGAAAUUGCGAGCUGGAUUGUUCAAGGCCAUGUUACGUCAGGAAAUAUCCUGGUUUGAUGAAGAACUCAACAAUACUGGAGUUCUGUGUACACGUUUAUCAGUUGAUUCUGCUCGAGUGAAAGGGGCCACUGGAAUAAAAAUAGGACUUCUUGUACAGAGCAUUACAAACAUUGGAUCUGGAAUUGUGGUUGCCUUUAUAUAUGGAUGGCAAUUAGCAUUACUCAUUAUUGGUUUCUUGCCCAUUCUUGCUUUGUCAGCUGUACUUGAAACUAAAUUGCUGACAAAUACACUCAGUCAAGGUGCUUCUGCCCUUGAGGAGGCAACUAAACUAUCAAUGGAAGCAUUUCAGAAUAUCAAAACUGUAUUGUCAUUGUCUAUUGAAAUGAAGAUAUAUCAGAAAUUCCUGGACAAAAUAAUUCUUCCCUAUGAGAAUAAUAAAAAAGGAGCAUUUAAAGUUGGAAUAGCUUUUUCCUUCUCACAGUCAGUUGUGUUUCUGUGUUAUGCUGGUGCCUUCUAUGUUGGAGCUUUAUUAAUUACAAAAUGUGAAAUGGACUUUGUGGAUUUAUUGAAAGUAUUUGGAACCAUUGUCUUUGGGGCCUUUGCACUUGGACAGGUUGGUGCCAUGGCACCAGAUUUUGCUAAGGUCAAAAUUUCAGCAGCAAGAAUAAUGGAUCUACUUGACCGUGUUCCUGCAAUUGAUAGCUAUUCACAAAUCGGAAAGACAUGCGAAACAUUUGAAAGUAAUAUUCAGUUUAAAGAUGUUGAGUUUGAGUAUCCAAACCGUACAAAUGUAAAAGUUCUCCAGGGUUUGAACUUAGAAAUCAACCAAGGGGAAACAGUGGCUCUUGUUGGAAAGAGUGGCUGUGGCAAAAGUACAUGUAUGCAGUUAAUUGAAAAGUUUUACAAUCCAAGUAAAGGUGGAGUGUUUCUAGACAGCAUAAAUCUAAAGGAACUGAAUACUUCAUGGCUUCGUCAACAGAUUGCCAUUGUCUCUCAAGAACCAGUUCUAUUUUCCUGCUCAAUUGAAGAAAAUAUUGCUUAUGGAGAUUUGUCACGAAGUGUGACAUUUGAUGAAAUUACCAAUGCUGCUCAACAAGCAAACAUUCACUCAUUUGUACAGUCUCUACCUGAGGGUUAUGCAACUAAAGCUGGAGGGAAAGGAUCACAGCUAAGUGGUGGACAGAAACAGCGAAUUGCUAUUGCUCGUGCACUGAUAAGAAAUCCCAAAAUAUUGCUUUUGGACGAGGCAACAUCAGCUCUUGAUACUGAAAGUGAAAAGGUUGUUCAAGAAGCUCUCGAUAAAGCAAGAAGUGGUCGUACCUGUUUAGUUGUUGCCCACAGGCUCUCAACAAUUAAGGAUUCUGACAGAAUUGCUGUAGUAGUUAAUGGUAAAGUGCAUGAAAUUGGAACACAUACUGAACUAGACAAAAAGAAAGAUGUUUACUUUGAUCUCUUAAACAAUCAAAAUCUCUAAUUAAAUUUUAUUUGACGGCACAUUUUAUAAAACAUUUUAUAAAUCAUUUGAUGCCACAUUUUAUAAAACAUAAAAUCACAAUAUUAGAAACAUGAACAAUUUCAUCAUUUUAAUCUUUUUUUCUCCUUUUAUAAAUAUUCACUGUACUGCUUAUUUCUACAUCUAAUACAAUAGUCACACUUGUUUUAUA